AUGAAGCGCCAACAGGCCACCAUCUCUCGUUUCUUCGCGCGCAAGCCGACCUCAGCGCAACCACUUCCCACCUCUCGCGCGCCAUCCCCUUCCCACUCACAGCCGCCAGGUGCCGUCCGCGUCACCACUCCGCCAUCCCUCCUCCGCCCGCCGCGCUCCUCCUCCGCCGCCGCAACCAGCGCCGACGGUCGCGGUGAUCGUCGCGGUGGUGAUGGUGGCGGCGGUGGCGGCGAUGGUAGCGGUGGUAGCGGCGGUUUGAGAGAGAUCGGAUCGGCGGAAGCAGAAACUGAGAAUGGGGUAGCCGGGGGGGCAGCUGGGGAAGGUGGGGGUUGGCGGAGAACAGGAAGCGUGGGAGAGCGGGAGAGUGGGGGCGUAAAGGAUUGGGGGCCAGAGGGGAAGGCGGAGGGGAAAGGGGAUGAGGUAGGAGCGGAGGGGGAAGGCGGAGGAGUUGUGUUCAAGCGGAAGCGGGCUGGGGGAAGGCGGGCAGCGCGGAGAUUAGUGGCGGAUGGGCGGGGGGAUGAGGGGGAUGGGGGAGAAGAAGAAGGGAUGGGGCCACGAAUGGGGGAGGACGAAUGGGGGGAGGGAGAGGGGCGGAGCACAAAGCUCACCCCGUUAGAAGAGCAGGUCGUGGCGCUGAAACGCCGCCACCCGGACGUUCUCCUAUUGGUCGAGGUCGGCUACAAGUUCCGGUUUUUCGGGGCCGAUGCUGACGUGGCGGCGAGGGUUCUCGGCAUCUACUGCCACGUGGACAGAGCGUUUCUGACGGCGUCCAUCCCCACGUUCCGCCUGCAUGUGCACGUGAGGCGGCUCGUGGAGGCGGGCUUUAAGGUGGGCGUGGUGCGGCAGAGCGAAACGGCGGCGAUUAAAGCCCACGGGAGCAACAAGGCCGGCCCGUUCGGCCGGCAUCUGUCGGCUUUAUACACGCGGGCAACGUUGGAAGCGGGGGAGGAUCUGGGAGGGGAAGGAGGGGAGGGAGGGGAAGGGGGAGUGGGUGAAGGGGCCGGGAUUGGGGGAGGGGGAGGGGGGAUGGGGGGACGGCUGAGUAGUUACCUGGUGUGUAUAGCAGAGGAGAGUGUUGGGGAGGGAGGGAAGGGGAAGAGGGAAGGAGGGAAGGGAGAUGCUGGUGGUAGCACUGCUGCUGCUGCUGCUUCCUCUCCCGGCUUCUCCCCAUCAGCCACGGAUCUGGACUCGUCUCAAGGCGGGGAAACAGGCUCGGCAGCAGGCAUGGGAGCAGGCUCGGGAGCAGGCUCGAGAGCAGGUUCGGAGGGCGAUGUGCGGAUAGGGCUGGUGGCGGUGGAGACGUCAACAGGGGACGUGGCACAGGGGUGCUUCACUGAUGGUGUGCUGCGGGGGGAACUGGAGACCCACCUCGCUCACUUCGCCCCCACUGAGAUUGUGCUUACUGGACCCAUUACGCCAGCCACUCACAAGCUCCUCUCAUACCUCGCGUGCCGAGACCCCACACCAAGAGUCACCACGCCAGGGGGUGAUGGGAUCACUGCUGCUGCCGUGGUUGGGGGAGGCCCUGGGAAGGCUGGGGGCGGUGGUGGCAGGAGCAGCAGCAGAGGCAGCGGCAGCAGCAUGUGUGGGGUGCGCGCCGCUCUUGCAGAGUUCUUUGCUACGAUGCCAAACGGGGCUGCUUGUACUGAGGACGCAGGCAAGGGGCAUGAGGAUGGGAAUGGAGAGAGGAAGAAGGAGAGGGAGCGUCAACAGGACGAGCAGCAGCAAGAAGUAGACCCAGCAGUGGAGGCGGUGCUCUCCAUGCCACCAGUGCUGCUCAGAGCGCUCGCUGCUGCUGUUGACUAUCUGAGGGAGUUCAACCUCCACCACGUGCUCGCUCUGGGCGGCGGCUUUCGUCCUCUCUGCACCGACCACCAGAUGACUCUCUCCUCCAAUGCUCUCGAGCAGCUCGAGAUCAUGCACAAUAGUGCAGACGGCAGCACUCGCGGAUCCCUUUUCUGGCUGCUCAACCACACGCUCACAGCAAUGGGGGGCCGCCUCAUGCGCCACUGGGUCACCCACCCCCUCACGCACCUCCCCCACAUCACCCUCCGCCAAGAGGCCGUCGCAGAGCUCCUAUCAUCCUCCCCCUCGCUCUCCUCCCCCUUGACCGGCGUGUCUCGUACGUUUCCUGGGAGUGGGCGCGGAGGGGGAGCGGUAGGGGCGGCGAGCAGGGGGGCGGGUGGGGAGGGGGAGGGGGGAGUGGGGGAGGUGGUGCGGGGAGUGCUGGGAUCACUGGCUCGGAUAGGGGAUGUUGAGAGGGGAGUCACGCGGAUACUGCACAAGACUGUCACUCCCAACGAGUUCGUGCGAGUGCUCUCAGCCCUGGCAUCUGCAGCACAGCAGCUGCGCUCCCUCCUCCCUGACCCCCCUUAUACCACCACCGCCACCACCACCGCCAGCACUGCUGCUGAUACUGACACUGACCCUGACAGCAGCAACGAUACUCCUAAGGUGAAGUCGGCGCUGCUGCAGAGACUGCUGCGGGCAGCAGCGUCGCCAGCCGUGGUGCGCCACGCCCGGCGCAUGUUGAGUGCUGUGAACGCUGAUGCUGCAGCCCGUGGCGACAAGGUGAACCUCAUUGUAUGCGCGGCCCCAUCCCACCAUAGUCAGCAACAGCAAGAGCGUAAGCAAUAUGACAGCAGUCACCAUGUUCGAGGCGUCCUGGAUGACAAAGGAGAAGAAGCAGCGGAACCUUCUCUGCAGUUUCCAGAGCUCUGGGCAUGCAGGGAAGCAGUGCGUGAGGCAGAGGGGCAGCUCAACUCGCUCCUCCCGGCUAUCCGGUCCCAACUGCGUCUCCCCUCCCUCUCCUUCUUCUCCGUUUCCGGCGCCACUCACCUCAUAGAAGUUCCAUCCGCCCUCCGAGUCCCCUCUGAUUGGCUCAAGCACAGCGCCGUCAAGGCCGGCAAGGCCGGAGGCGUUACACGUUACCACCCUCCAGCUGUCCUCGCGGGAUUGGACAGGCUGGCGCUGGCAAAGGAAGCUGCGGCGGCGGCAGCAGGGAGGGCGUGGCAGGAGCUGCUGGAAGGGUUCAGAGCAGAGGGAGGGGGGCACGUGGAGCUAAGGCAAGCUGUUAAGGCACUAGCUGAGCUGGACUGUUUGUGUGCGCUUGCCGCCGUUUCUGCUUCUAAGGGGUAUGUUCGGCCGGAGUUUUUUCCCGAAGAUGGGCCCCAGAAUGUGCUUAUAGCGAAUGGGAGGCACCCCGUGCUGGAUGUGACUAUGGGGAGCGAGUUUGUGCCGAAUGACACCAUGCUGAUGUCAGAUGGGGAAAGGUGCCACGUCAUCACUGGUCCCAACAUGGGCGGGAAGAGUUGUUACAUUCGCCAGGUGGCGCUGAUAUGCAUUAUGGCGCAGAUUGGGUGUUACGUGCCUGCUGACUCAGCGCGCUUCCACGUAUUGGACGCGGUUCUGACGCGCAUGGGAGCGGCCAAUGAUAGCCUGGUGCGCCGCACGUCCACGUUUCUGGAGGAGCUGGGGGAAGCUUCUGGGAUCCUUCAUCGGGCAACGGGUCGGUCGCUGGUGAUAGUGGAUGAGCUGGGUCGGGGCACCAGCACGCAUGAUGGGCUUGCCAUCGCUUAUGCCACUUUGCAUUACCUUUUAUCCAAAGUGCGCUGCCUCACACUCUUCGUCACACACUACCCCGAAAUCGCUCAGCUGGAAAAGGAGCUCCCUGGAGCGAUGGGAAGCUUCCACAUGUCCUUCCUCGCCUCCACUCCACCAGUUUCCCCUCCAUCAGCAGCACCACCAAUUUCUGCAAGCGGACAAAAACAAUUGUCAGAUCCUGUGGCAUCUGGCUCAGAUGAGCAAGGAGAGGCGAAGCCGGACCAGCAGGUCACCUUCUUGUGCCUGAGAGCGUCGUGCAGCGAGCAGCUGCCAUGGCUGCAAAGCUAG